AUGUCGCCCUCCAACAACAGCCACCCGUCAACCAAAGCAUUGCAUGCAGACGAUAUCUUGAACCAAGUGUCUGAUGUUGCACCUCCAAUCCAUCUCUCUACUAUCUUCCGAUACCCCAAUGACCCAGACCAGCUUGUACCCUCCGAAGACCCCGUGGAUGAAUUCAACGGCAAGAACUAUGUCUACUCGCGCGAGUUUGCACCAAACGCAACCCGCUUCGAGGCAGUGCUUUCUUCUCUGCUCGGUGGCAAUGCAGUGAGCUACUCCACCGGUCUCGCCGCUCUUCACGCAGCCAUUACAUUGUUAAACCCGCGCCGGAUCUCCGUCGGUGAUGGAUACCACGGUAGCCAUGAAGUCAUCGCAGUGGUAUCCCGUUUGUCAGGUCUGCAAAAGCUACCCCUUGACUGCCCCGCGGAGAGCCUGAGUGAUGGUGACGUCAUUCUCCUCGAAACACCGAUCAACCCCCUCGGGACAGCUUUCAGCAUUGAGGAAUAUGCGCGCAAAGCGCACUCUCGAGGGGCCUUCCUGGUGGUUGAUAGUACCUUUGCUCCGCCCGGCUUGCAAGAUCCAUUCCUUUGGGGCGCAGAUAUAGUCAUGCAUUCUGGGUCGAAGUACUUCGGCGGACAUAGUGAUCUUCUCUGCGGUGUGCUUGCUACGAAACGAGCGGAUUGGACCAAGCAGCUUUUUGAAGACAGAUUGGCUCUUGGAAGUGUGAUGGGUAAUAUGGAAAGUUGGCUUGGUAUUCGGAGUCUGCGCACAUUGGAGGUGCGGGUUCAGCGAGCAAGCCAGAAUUCGGCGAGGUUGAUUUCGUGGCUUGAUCGGGCUACGAAGAUCUCUUCACCUGCAGCGGGUGGUGAGGAGGCUGUUGUCCAGGCUGUCGUGCAGAAGAUCUACCAUGCUAGUCUGCAGGAUGAGCCUUGGUUGGAGAAGCAAAUGCCUAAUGGAUUUGGGCCUGUCUUUUCCAUCGUCUUGCAUAAGGAGGAAUUCGCGAAGCUUUUGCCGACUAAGCUCAACUUCUUCCAACAUGCUACCAGUCUGGGUGGAGUUGAGUCUUUGAUCGAGUGGCGAGCUUUGUCGGAUUCAAGGGUCGAUCGGAAGUUGUUGAGAGUCAGUGUCGGGCUCGAGAACUGGGAGGAUUUGAAGGAUGAUUUGUUGCAGGCCUUCCGAUUCCUCGUGGUUUGA